GGCCUCACAACCGCAGACCACGUGUAACCACACCAGCCCAGGACCUCCACAUCCAGCAUCUUCACCUCCAAGAUCGUUUGAGACCAACCACCCAGACAGCUGCUGCAAAAAUCGGUUUGCAUAACCAAAGAAUUUCUGCACAAACUAUCAGAAACGGUUUUAGGGAAGCUCAUCUGCAUGCUCGUUGUCCUCAUUGGGGUCUCGAUCUGACUGCAGUUUGGCAUCGUAACCUACUUGAGUGGGCAAAUUCUCACAUUUGAUGGCGUCUGGCACUUUAGAGAGCUGUUCUCUUCACAGGGGAAUCCUGGUUUUCACUGUACAGGGCAGAUGGCAGACAGCAUAUAUGCUGUAGAGUGGGGUUUCUUUCGACGAACAUUGCGGAUGAGGCUUCAGUAUGAAUACUGUAAUCGUAACUGCAAGAUACAGAAGAAGAAUCGAAACAAAUGUCAGUACUGUCGAUUUCACAAGUGUCUAAACCUUGGCAUGUCCCAUAAUGCAAUUAGAUUUGGUCGAAUGCCUGAAGCAGAGAAGAAGCGCCUGGUACAGACAUCAGCAGUGGAUUCAGAAACGACUGAGUCCCAGGUGUCAGAUCUGCUGGCACUAUCCCAGCAAAUUCAUUCUUCUUACAUGAACACUUUCACUAUGACAAAGAAAAGAGCACGGGACAUUCUAACUGGCAGGAGUAGCUUAUCGCCCUUUGUAAUACAUGACAUGGAGACCCUGUGGCAGGCUGAACGUGGGGCAGUGUGGGAGCAGUUACCAAUGCAGGAUCCUCCUGGAACAGAAAUUGGAGUUCACGUAUUUUAUCGCUGCCAAUGUACUUCAGUGGAGACUGUGCGUGCACUUACUGACUUUGCAAAAAAUAUUCCAGGAUUUAGCUCUCUCUACCUCAAUGAUCAAGUCACACUACUAAAAUAUGGAGUCCAUGAAGCAAUAUUUUGCAUGAUAGCCUCCCUUAUGAACAAGGAUGGGCUACUGGUAGCUGGAGGCCGUGGCUUCGUCACUCGUGAAUUUCUACGCAGUCUACGUCUUCCGUUCUGCCAUAUAAUGGAACCCAAAUUCAACUUUGCCUCCAAAUUCAAUGCACUGGAACUUAACGACAGUGAUCUGGCGCUCUUCGUAGCUGCUAUCAUCUUAUGUGGUGACCGUCCAGGCCUCAUGAGCCCUCCACAAGUGGAAAACAUCCAGGAAGGGAUUUUAAGUGCUCUUCGGAGUCAUCUGCAGACAUCUCACCCGGAUGCACCUUUCCUCUUUCCAAAGCUCCUUCACAAGAUGGCUGAUCUACGACAACUGGUGACAGAGCAUGCUGAGCUUGUUCAGAGUAUCAAACGUACCGAGUCCAGUGCAUCACUGCAUCCUCUUCUACAGGAGAUCUAUAAAGACAUGUAUUGAUCUUACUUAGACUUGCAACCUGUUAUGACUACCUGCUAAUUUAGAGAGUAACUUUAUAAUCUGUAUAGAUAUUACUGAUAUAUAACUUAGAUUUCUUGUAUGUUAAAUCAAAAGGCACUUAAAUAUGUCAUAUUGAUUCUUAAAUUCCUGUUUAACAUAAAUAUUUAGUUCAAGCUCACCUUGAAGUGC